AAUCCCACCAACCAAACAUCCCAAAUGUGCAUAUUUCAACACCAACUUUUCUGUUUUUUUGUUACUGCAGCUAAAAUAAGCUUUCAUUCAUUCAUCUUGGAUUUCCAAAGUUCUGGGCACAGUUUUAACUGUUUAUCUACUUGGUCCUGAAAAAAUGGCUAUUUCUUUAUCAUCAGCAGCAAAGGUUUGCUCUUUGAAUCCAGACCCUCCAUUUGCUGCGUCUUCAAAUUCAGCAGCAAAGCUUUCUAGCUUGUCAUCUCUGCAAUUCCCUAGAGAACUACGCCGUUUUCAUGCUGGAAACCGAGCUGUUCAGUCCAGGCAGCCCUCUCGAACUUUACAUGUGGUGAAGGCAAAGAAGCAAACAUUUUCAUCCUUUGACGAUUUACUGAAAACCGCUGACAAACCAGUGUUGGUUGAUUUCUAUGCAACCUGGUGUGGUCCAUGCCAAUUCAUGGUUCCUGUUCUGAAUGAGGUUAGUACAAGAAUGAAAGAUAAGAUCCAGGUGGUGAAGAUUGAUACUGAGAAGUAUCCGAGCAUCGCAGAUAAGUAUAGAAUUCAGGCACUCCCUACUUUUAUCAUAUUCAAGGAUGGAGAACCCCAUGAUCGUUUUGUAAGUUGACUGCAUCUUUUCUGUAGUGUUUCUUACUUCUGUGCUGUUUCUUAAUGAGAAAAGGUGCAUCCUGACACGGAGUUAUAAAUGGGUUUUAGUCUAAAUAUUGGCUUUCUACUAACAAAUAAUAGUAGUAGACCACAUCUCUCGAACGUCAGUGACUUCUUAAGCUGAUGCACUGCCUAAGGAACUAAGAUCCCCGCCAAGGGCUAAGAGGUUAAGUUCCUAGGUUCCCCUUCCCCUUUGCUUACUCUAAUGGAGUGAAAGAAUGUUUCUGUUUUUGGUAGAAUUGGUAAGAGUACGGUAAGUUACAAAGUUCGUUGGAUGUGAUGGAUCUCAGAAUCAGUGUUUGCAUAUAAAGUUAUGUUUUAGAUAUUUAAGAUUUCAUGUGGUGAAGAAUUUAAAGAGCACUAACUCAGAACUAUUUUUGUGUAUGAACAAUCUCUUUCUAAAUUUCCAGGAGGGUGCACUUACAGCAGACCAACUAAUACAGCAGAUCGAGUCCUCACUGAAAGUCAAGCAGUAGCCAUGAUGAUCAAACGGUAGGGUGAUGUGGGUACCUGAGAUGCUGGAUGUUUAUAGAGCUUUAUUCAUUUGAACGAGGACUUCCAUUUUGUAUCUGGUGAUAUUCCUCAAGAAGCAAAUGGGAAUCAUCGUUUGCCCUGGGGUGUAUUCAUCAGUACUCGUAAUUUAAACUUGUUCGCUGCUGCAGAUAGACAGAUUAAUUGAGAUUGUAAUGCAUAUGUACUGAUGAAAUUGAUCUAGAAUCUCAAAAAGUUUUCGCCAUGAUUCUUAACACCUUGGACUGUAAUUUAAGAAGCCCGUUUUAUCCAAGUACUGUCUUUUUUACUGAGAUUGGAAGCCUUUAUGGUUGUCCAUACUUUGUACUGGUUGUCAAUCACCUCUGCGGGUUUAAAGUUUCCUCCUUUCAGUAGCUCAGGAGAGAUUUUGCUUCUUUAAGCAGCUGCCAAUAACUGCUUGAAAACCUCAUUUCUGUGUAACCAUCAAUCAAAAUGGAAUUACAUACUAUACAAGAUUAAACAGUCAAACAAGUUUCUGCUGUGCUCAACUUGACAGCCCAGGCUGGUGAACAAAUUCCACAGUCCCCAAUAGCUCAUAGAUCAAAAGAAGCCUCGUUGAAAAUCCCCAAACAAAUCCCAAUUAUUAAGUGCUGUUUUGAGUAUAUAUGACUGCUGCCGCUGGGAACAGUUGCUAUCUUUCAAGAAACAGAAGGAAGAAUGGAGAUGAGAGCAGGGGAAGACAUAGGCAUAGGAGAAGACCUCACACCUCCACUCUCACCCCUGGCCUUCUCUCUCCACGAUUCUUUCCUCCACUCCCACUGCUCCGCCUGCUCGUUUCCUCUACCAAAUGCGCAUUUUACUCCCACUUCCCCCUUAAAUUCACCACCCCUACACUACUACUGCUCCCCCCGUUGCUCCGCCCUUGACUCGCCUCCCUUCAUGUGUCCCCCUCCUCCUCUCGAAGACUCGUCCCACCUCCGCCUCUCCCUCCGCCUCCUCCAUAAACUAUUCCACUCUCAGAACGAUACGGUAGAAGCAAAACUGGAUAGGGUUGGAGGGUUAAUGACCAACUAUGAGAAAUUCUUGAAUUUGUCUAAAAAUGAGGAGGAAGAUGAGGCAUUGGAGAUGAUUAAGGAAGGUGCGAGGGCGAUGAAGCUCUUGGCGGGAAAAUUGGAGGGAGUGGUUGGGGUGGAGGAGGCGGUGAUGUGCUUGGUGCUGACGAAUGCGGUGGAGGUGCAGGAUAAGGACGGGAGAAAUGUGGGGAUUACGGUUUACGAUUGGAGGUUUUCGUGGAUUAAUCAUAGUUGUUCUCCCAACGCUUGUUUUCGGUUUGUAACGAGGAAGACCAUACCUCCUCAACAAGUGGUGGAGGGAGAAUCCCAGCUCCCGCGGUUGAGAAUUUACCCUGCUGCCAUGGACGGUGGAGCUGGUGAUGGACUUGCUGGUGAUUGCAAGAGCAGUGAGGGAUGUGGUCCGAGCAUCAUAGUCCGGAGCAUAAAAGGAAUUAAGAAGAAUGAGAGGAUCACAAUUACUUAUACUGAUUUGUUACAACCUAAGGAAAUGCGGCAGGCUGAAUUGUUUACAAAUUACCGAUUCAAUUGUUGCUGUAAGCGAUGUACUGCAACUCCUGCAACUUAUAUUGAUCGUGCUUUGCAGGAAAUUUUUGUUUCUGGUGUUGAUGGUCUCAACUUAACUUCCAAUGAAGACUCGUACAGAUCCAAAGCAACUGCAAAAUUCAUGGAUUCAAUUGAUGGUGCUAUUGAUGAGUAUUUGACCUCUAACAAUCCCGAGUCAUGCUGUGAGAAGCUUGAGGAUUUGCUUACACAUGGGCACCUUGAGGAGCCACUGAAACCCAAGCCAGAAAAGUCACCUCAAUGCAUAAGGUUACACUUGUUUCAUCAUCAAUCUCUACAUGCAUACACCACGCUUGCUUCAGCAUACAGAGUUCGUGCUAGUGACCUCUUGGCUCUUAAUCCUGAAAAUCAUCAGCAUCAAAUGGAAGCUUUCACUCUGAGCAGAAUAAGUGCAGCCUACUCCUUGUUGUUGGCUAUAGUUACUUAUCAUCUUUUUCUUUCUGAAUCUUCAAUAAUUGCCUGUGUUGCGAAUUUCUGGAAAAAUGCUGGGGAGUCCCUAGUUUAUCUCUUUAGAAGCUCAGCCUGGGGUACAUUUUCCAAUUUACAGCAAUCUGUUUCUGAAAAUUCAUCCAUUCUAAGCCAUAAGUGCUAUCAGAUUGUCCAACUGGAUGGCAGUGGAGCCAAUUCUUUUAUUAAUACUGAAGAUCAAUGUAGAAUGUUUGGGGACAUAGGUAGGCAGCACAUGAAUUGUAUUGUCAACUUAACAGAAAAAAUAUGGAGCUUCCUUAGUCGUGAAAGUCGACAUCUGCAAGAAGUUAAAGAGCUCAUUGAUUUUAGAUGGCUUCUCACAGUGGAAACUCCCCUUGAUCUCGGAACUCGUCUUACUUGCCGGGAUAGCAGAACUGUUUCCAGACUUCAAGAAAAGGAGCAUACCAACCUAGAGAGAGCAUAUCUCUUUCAGCUUGGUCUCCACUGCCUGCAUUAUGCAACAUAUUUGUCAAACAUCUGUUAUGGCCUAAAUUCCCUGUUGACAGGUGAAGUUUGUCAAUCUUCUAUACUCUGAAGGUAUAUAUAGUGGCUGGUUAAUUCAACCAAUUUGCCUGAAAAUAUUAUCAAACAGCGAUGUGAAAAGGUCAUCAGAUAGAUGGUGAUCAAAAAGCUCAAUUCAUCAAGCGUAUAUACCCUAUAGUUGGGGUGUAUCUUUUCAGGUUUGAAUUCUCAUCGGGCAGGCCUUAAGUGGUAGUUUAUGCUUGCUGCAGCCAAGCAGGAGCCCAAUAUUAUCGUCCUGUUUCCAUUUGUUAUUUUUUGGGCCAUAGUCCUAGGAAUAAGCAUUUGAUGAGUUAAUGUUGGCCUACUGAAUUGAAUGGGAGUGAACUUAAUGUGGGAACUCUUAUUGGGCCUCAGGAGAUUUGAGAAA